AUGGGGAGCUGCUGUGCUUUGAAAUGCCAGAACAGAGCUUCCAGGGGAAUUCGGUUGUUCAAGCUGCCGAAAUCCCCUAGGAGGCGAAAACUGUGGCUUUUGAGAAUCGGGCGUGGCGCGGGGUGGAAACCUCCCGACAGGACAUACCUUUGCGAGGACCACUUCGAGCCCUCCCAGUUCCAGGCGAGGUGCUCCGACGGCUGGAGGAGGCUAAAAGCCACAGCUGUUCCGAGUUUGUUUCUGCAUUCUAAAAGUCAACAACCAGCGGCCAGGACCCCUGGAGCAGCCCUGCAGGGCGGCCUGCUGACGCAGCCGCUUCCCACCACCAGCAGGGCGUGCUUCGUGUGCAACACUCAAUUCUUGUACUGUGUUUGCAGCAACCAGCGGCCAAGACCCCUGGAGCAGCCCUGCAGGGCGGCCUGCUGA